AUGGAAUCUAUAGCGUCUUUAGCGUCUUCAAAUCCUAAAGAAAUUUUGUCUAUUGAUUUUUCUUUGAUGUUAUCAAAGACCACUACAGGUGACAUUGAAGAUUCAACCGAGUUUAUUUGUUAUAUUUGUCAAAAGACAUUUUACAACUCAAAUGCGUUGCGAAAUCACAAAGCUACCCAGCACGAUUCUAAUGACUCCGGCUCUGAUGACGAUCAGACUGUUGAAAUUUCUUAUACUUGUGACCAGAUUUUUGAUGGUCUCUGUGAUUUUAAAUUUAUACCAUUGAAAAAACAAGACGAAGAUCCAACUAUAGAACAAGACGGUAUUAUAAAAAGGACAUAUAGCGUUGAUACUAGCUACUUGAUAAUAAAAUAUGAGAAUAGUGAAAGUGUUCGGGUGAAACGAUCACGUCUCGAUAAUAUGAUAAAGAAAAUUCAAUCGAAACCUGAUAAAACGCCAGUUGAUUUAAGGGGUCCAUUUACAUGUACUAGUGUGCAAUGCAGGCAAAUCUUCUUUAACUGUUGUGAAUAUUCUUUGCACUAUCGCGAAGAGCACACGAAGAGGCGCAAGGCUGCAUUAAGGUGUCAAGUGUGCGAGAAACGAUUAGAUAGAAACUUAUAUCCGACAAUAAGAACACAAUUAGACUAUAAUAAUUCAUUUACAUGCCGAAUUUGUGGGUACACUUUUCUAGACAGCUUCCAAUUUGACGAGCACAAUCGUAUCGUGCACGCAAAAACCAAACCCCACCAAUGUAAUAUUUGCGCGAAACGCUUUACACAGCUCGGUGGUUUGCAACAGCAUAUGCGCAUGCAUUCCGGCAUUCGUCCGUUCGUUUGUAAAUUUUGCAAUAAAGCAUUUACCCAGAAGGCCGGGUUGGAUCAGCAUUUGCGCACCCAUACAAAAGUUAAGCCGUUUAAAUGCAUAAUUUGUUACAAAUGCUUCUCGCAAUCCGUUCAUCUUAGACAGCACAUGCGUACUCAUACUAACAUACAACCAUUUGGAUGUCCGAUUUGCAAGAGGAGAUUCAAACAGAGUAGUCACUUAAAUUUUCAUAUGCGCUCUCAUAUUGGGGGUGCGAAUGCUUUUUUAAUGGAACAAUAUUCUCAAGCCGUUCAGCAACAAAGCGAAAUUCCAAUGGAUUUCUUGACUUUAUCUAACGUUCAGCCAGUGCACGAUGGCGAUACAGUUUACUACGCCGCCCAGUUGACCACGACUCCGUCCGAAACUGCAAACUUGUUU